AAGAAGGUCACGUGUCAACAAAGAAGAACAACUUGAUGGAGGAAGCAGGAAGUACGCCUACCAAGAAGCAGAGUCAGAGCACAUAAACAAAACACAAAGAGCACAACCGAAAGGCUUAAAGACAGUGGUUCACGUCUAUAACAAUGGCCGGCAUUAAAGGUAUUUUUAUCGAUCCUCUUUUGAGUUUGGUGAUGGUGAAAUAAUCGAUAAAUAACGUGGAUGUGAAUCUUAAGCGUCUCAAAACUUUGUUAGCUUAGGUCCUGACACCACUCGUUAAUUUAUGUUCAGAACAAGCUUUGCAUCACUUUCAAGAAUAUCGAGAUUAACUUAAAGCUCUCCUGACCCAUUAUUAAAAAUAUGUAGCUGUAUUUUUUCCUGUAACUUUUUUUUUUACUACGACAUUCACUAUUUACAUGCUAAGUUUUCACGUUACAAGAGGAGCUGUUGUGCAUUUCCUCUCGUCUUCUGUUAGCUAUAUUCAGUCUGAUCUCUCUCUGUUUGUUUUCAGCACUGGUUGGUUUGUCCUUCAGUGGUGCCAUUGGACUGACUUUUCUUCUGCUAGGUUGUGCACUGGAACAGUACGGGUAGGUAUUCAUAGUUGUGUGCUGUGUUAUCUUGAUUUAACCAGAAAUAUUAUCGGCUCACAGAUUUUUUUAAGAAAGCAGGUAAGAUGUUUUUCAAGUGAACUGGUUUUUGAUCUGGUAGGUCUGAACAGCAACAAUUUGAUCAGCCAACAACCUGAAGCGCAGUUUGUGACCCAGCAACUUUCUGUUUCGUUUUCAUCAUGUUUGGCUUCUUUAUGGAAGCACGUUAAGUUACAAGUCGGCUUGGCCUUAUAACAAAUAAAUAAAAUAUAUUUUUUUAAAUCCUUAUAUUAAGUCAUAAUAAUAAGAUAAAAGUUGACAUACUGACAUCAAAUGUUAAAAUUGUAAGAAGGGAUGUCAGUGUUAUGAGGAUAAAAAAAGACAAAAUUGUGGGAUAAAAAGUCAACAUUGUUUAAAAAAAGUCAAACUCAGAAGUUAGUCUUCAUUAUGUAAUUAAAUGUCAAAAUUAUUGCUCAAAAUGAGGGUUGUUAUUGGCAGACCCUUUCCCAAAGAGCUCCAAUCUAUUUUUUAGGUAACAGAGUAAAAGUAUACGUAGCUAUUAAAAAAGUUUGCAGUGUGAACACAAUCAGAAAUAAGCCAUGGUGCUAGAAAUUGUGAAAUCAAAAUAAGAACAUACUAUGUAUUGGAAUUAAACUUAGUUUUAAUUUGAGAGCCAAUUUAACAAGAAAUCAGAUGACUUGAAAGCUCUGUCUCUGAAGUUGGCAGAUUUGAAAACAUCUAGGACAGACUGUUAAAACUUUGUGAAUUAGUUGAAGUUGAGAAUAAAAUGUAUAUUCUAUUUUUUCUUUUAUUGUCCUUUAUAUGGAGAGUUAACAACUUGAUUGUUAAUUAUCUGAUUAUUAGAGUGAUGAAAGGCUGGAAUGCCUAUUUACCUACAAAACCCAAUUCCAUUGAAGUUGGAAAAUUGUGAUAAACGUCAAUAAAAACAGAAUACAAUGAUUUUCAAAUCCUUUUCAACCUAUAUUCAAUUGAAUACAUUACAAAGACAAGAUAUUUCAUGUUCAAACUCAUAAACUUAAUUUUUUUUGCAAAUAAUAAUUAAUUCAGAAUUUGAUGGCAGCAACACGUGACAAAGUAGUCGGGAAAAUUGGCAAAAUAUACUGAGAAAUUUGAGGAAUGCUCAUCAAACACCUAUUUGGAACAUCCCACAAGUGAGCAGGCUAAUUGGGAACAGGUGGGUGCCAUGAUUGGGUAUAAAAGCAGCUUCCCCAAAAAUUCUCAGGGGCAGGGUUCACCACUGCAUGAGCAAAUAGUCGAACAGUUUAAGAACAACAUUUCUCAAAGUACAAUUGCAAGGAGUUUAGGGAUUUCAUCAUCUACGGUCCAUAAUAUCAUCAAAAGGUUCAGAGAAUCUGGAGAAAUCACUGCACGAAAGCGGCAUGGCCGGAAACCAACAUUAAAUGCCCGUGACCUUCGAUCCCUCAGGCGGCACUGCUGCAGCCAUGAAAUUUUGAGUUAAUUUUUAUUUGCAAAACAAAAAUAAGGUUUGUGAGUUUGAACAUGAAAUAUCUUGUCUUUGUAGUGUAUUCAAUUGUAUAUAGGUUGAAAAGGAUUUGCAAAUCAUUGUAUUCUGUUUUUAUUUACGUUUAUCACAAUUUCCCAAGUUCAAUGGAAUUGGGUUUUGUAAAAUACUUACAAGUUGGCAUCUUUUGUUUCUAAAGCUAGGGGGGAAUAUUAGAUCAGUUUAUUUUUAGAAGAUCCCUUUGGUAAUCUAUCCAUCUACUUUAGUCCCUGGUCUUUCUGUGCAAACGUGACUCAGCUGUGUGUGUCUUGAUCUCAGAUCCAAACCCUGACCAUUCAAUGAGCAUGGCUAAAUACAAACUGCCUGUUGUCACGAGUUCAUGUAACUAACAUGUGUGGUGCAUCCAUCUGCUACCAUGACCAGAUGUUUGAAAUUGCUGCUGGAUCAAGGUUGCUGUCUAAGCAACAUCAGGUUUAUCAUUUAUCUGUCAGAGCUGCUUCUUGCUGAAAAUCCUGUGAAAGGUGCUUUUGUCAGUAAAAGCCCAAGCAAAUGAAGUAUGUCAUCUGCAGUAAAGCCAUGUUUAAAGUAGUCCUUUAAAUACUUAGAAUCCAUUUAUCUGUCACAUUGAAUAUGAUAUCACAUGCUUUUACUGUUGUGACGUUUUAUCCCAUAGUUGAGACUUGUAUAUAAUUGUAAAUCCUAAUUUAAUUUUUUUUCAUCAAGGCCAAGUCUCCAUCUGUUUUGUCAUAAACUGUUGGAAGUGGGCUGCCAGAUUUCUUAACUGCAGCAUGUUUAAAAAAGUGUUAUUUUCAGAGGAAUAAAGACAUAGACAGUCAGGUCUUAAUUUAGUUGACAUACCAAUAAUAAUGAUGCCCAAUGGUGUCUUUUGUUAAGCGCUGACUUUUAAAGGCCCACUUAUUUCCAGCCCCACGCUUCUCUUUUGUAGAGCUGACUUUCUGACAAAUGAUUUAUACCUCAUGCUCUAUCUUCUUCUUAGAUGACUCAUACCGGAUGAGUUAUUUCUUUAGAUUUGUCAAUUCUCUUACAGUGUCAGAGAGGUAAUUAUACAAUGUGUUCGGUCAUCCUGGAACCUCAAACUAUGCUUCAAAAUUCAUGGACUUUCCCAUUAAAAUAAUCACUAUCUGUAUGUUUUUGAGUUGUUUGUUUUGGUGUAACACUUUUCUGUAAAUCUUGCACCAGUUCACUUAUACCUGGCAUGUUGCAUACAUUUCACAGCAUGUUUUCUCUAUUCCUCACAUUUUCUUGUAGGGUAUACUGGCCACUGUUUGUCCUGAUAUUCUACGUACUGAGUCCCAUCCCCACCUUCAUAUCCAGACGCCUCAGUGAUGACACUGAUUCCUCCAGUAAUGCCUGCAGAGAGCUGGCCUAUUUCAUAACAACUGGCAUUGUGGUAUCAUCUUUUGGGCUGCCCAUUGUGUUGGCCCGCACGAGCACAGUACGUUCUCCUUACCCAUGUCACAAUAUUUGAAAUUAUUAUUCCAUAUGGGACACAGAGCCACCAUCUUUCUUGUUUUUUGUUUGUAUACGUAAGUCUAUGCUGCAAAAACCUGUUGAAUGUAAAGUUAAUUUUUCUGCACAAUAAUGAGAAAAAUUGAUUCAUUUGUUUUGGUUAAAAAAAAAUCAAUGUGAAUGUUCUUCUUCCACAGAUCCAGUGGGGUGCCUGUGGAUUGGUAAUGACAGCAAAUGCUGUAAUCUUCCUCACAAUCUUCGGCUUCUUUGUGGUGUUUGGAGGUGGGGAUGACUUCAGCUGGGAGCAGUGGUAGAGAGCCUUCUGACAAUGCAAAGAGAGAAGGACAGAAAGGUGGAUGGAAGGAUGGAUGUGUGGGGAGGUGGAUAGUUGAAUGGUUAGACUGCAGACUAAGGGGCACAUGUGUCCUGCACUCCAUGGGGGGAUGAUGGUCAUGUUCAGUAUAGGCCUCAAAAUGUCUAAUUUACUGGCCGUGUUUAAGGACAAUUAUCAAAUUAGGGGAUAUUAAGGUUGGAGACAAUACUGUGUUCCCUAUCAAUGUGCCUUAUGUCUGGAACCAGAGAGACAAUGAUGCCUAUACCCCUCUUAUGCUAUUACCCCAUCAUUAUCCACCUUAACCUGUGUAUUUUAGCUCAUCUUACCCUUAUUUCCACCCUCAAAUCACCCCACCUAUUAUAGCUGCCUGCUUCUUCUUUAUGCGUUAGUUAUUCAGUAUCAUAAAGGGAUCCUAAAGAGUAACUCUAUUGUAACAUACACUGCCGUGCUUCAUUUAUUAUCUGUACUAAUCGCUUAAGGGGGAAGUGCCUAUACUGAGUUAUGGCUUGAUUAUAAUUUAGCAGUGUUUGCUGUGUAAAGUGUAAAAGCAGGGUGCGUCAUGUUUAUCCAUGCUAUCUGACAUUUAGUUGUAAGGCCUCUAAUCAGGAAAAGAUGCAUUUGUACGGAGGUGGUUUGUUUGUUCGUUUAUUUUCAUUUUGCUGCAAAAAGUUCAAAGUACUUUUUGUUUUAGUGCAAUUGUUUACAUUCUCACCAAAGAUCAUAUAAAAAUGCAAAACAGUGAGCAUUUUCACACUUGAAAUGCGGGUGUUGAUUUGUGUCCAGCAGCAAGCCUGUCCUCAAAAGCCAGGGGCAGUGCAGAAUUAGCUUUUAGAGAAUAACAAACUUCAAAGUUUCUAUGUUUAGCAUCUCAUUUACUUAUUGUUAUCCUGCAGAUGACAACGAAAUGUAAACUAUUGACAAAGACAUGAUAUUGAUUUGAGAAUUAUUUUUACAUAUUAAAUAGUAAAUGCAGUAUAUGUAUGUUUUUAGGCCUAGAGAAGAGGGCUGUACCUGCAAUCUCAGCAAGAAGUGCCUGUAAAUUACAGCAUAUAUUUUUGAAAAAUCUGAGUCCUGGGAUUUGGUUUCAAGCCUUUUUAUUUUUGUGUAUCACCUUCAGGAGUCACUGAAAUCUGUAUUCAUACAUUUAUAUCACUUCCCCUUUUUUGGUUUAAUUAACGUACGUAAUUAAUGAGGUUCUGAAAUGUGUGUAUGAUGCACCCUCUUUAAGGAGACUACCACAAACACUUCUGUUUUCUAAUUUUCCAAGUUUAACUUCUAAAAGUGGAUAUUUAUCAAUACUGUAUGUUCCAAAACUGACAUGUUCAAUAAGACAGUUGUUUUUCUUUCUAUUGUUACUCUAUUACCCACACUAGCAAGUUCUAAAAGUUUUUAUAUGCUCCUGACUGCAUUUUGUUUCCCAACAUUGAUUAAAAGUCACUGUAUAAACAGAAGUA